CGCGACCACGUCUCCUUGGAUCCAUGUUUACCUGCGGAACGACUUGAUAAAUACAUCUUCUCGCAAGACCUGCUUUCGCCAGCACCUCAGGUCUCCCUGCGGCCCAGUCUUUGUCUUUGUCCAACCACAAAGCCUUUUUUGUGACCGUGUUGGCAGCUGCUUUCUAUACUCUGUCUUGUAUAUCCCCGACCGUCAUCUGCCGUCAUCCACCAUCAUGGAUGACCUCGACCUCCCCAUCGCCCUCCGGCGGACGCGUCGCAGUCUCCCCGCGCCCGAAUCCUUCUCGGAUGCUGCAAGACCUCAGCCAGCCGUCGCAAAAACUCCCCGAAAGGGGGCCAAACGUCGUGUCCGCUUCUCAGACCCAGGCAUCCACUCCGGCAGCUGCGCCGCAUCCAGCGGCUUGACCCCCAUGAUCCGCCGUGUCUCCGUUGCUACCCCAAAGCGCCGCCAUUCUUCUGCCCCAGUUGGCAGCACGGGGAAGCCCAUUGUCUCUGCAAGCUCAAGCCUGCCUCACAGCGGCGAAGUCAACUUUCUUCCGCUGCGUCAGGUGCUCGACGGCCGCGUCCAGCGUCGCAUCCGCCGCAAUGGGCUCAGCGAAGAGAUGAACACCAUCCAGCAAGAAAAGCGACGGAGGGCCCAGCAGACCAAGGCAGAGAUCGACCGUCUCAAGACCGAGCUCAAGGCCCGAGACCGGGAAAUCUACGAACUGCAAAACGCCACCAUCAUCAUGGACACCGACCGCAUGUGGGACCUGGAGAAGCAGGUUGAGGAUCUCAAAGACGAACUGUCCAAAAGAUCUGUCGCCGAGUCCGAACAAGGCCGCGGGUACAACUGGACGCUCGCCGCGAGAGAUCCGUUUGAAGACGACUUCAUGGAUAUGAGCGAGGACGAGGACCAGUUUGGUGACGAGACCGUGGCUCAGCUUGCCUGCAGCACGCCUUCAAGAGCUAGAUCCUCAUUCCCAACUCCCCCAGCAACCAGCCCAGCAAUCCCCGGAACGCCGUGUUUCCGCAAGGCCACUCCCAGAUCCACGCCCAUGCCUACUCCCAUGUCUCAUGUUGGAGUUCAGGCUUUUUUCUCAGACCCCAAGCAGCAACAGUUGGAAGAGGAGGUUGCUUCUCUUCAACUCGAGAUGCAUAAGCUGACGGAUACACUCAACUCCUACAAAGCCCUCAGUGGCCGUCUCGGCGACAAGCUCUCUCAGUUUUCGCCCGACUCAAAUGGCGACUCGCCGGCAUCACCACCCGAUGAUCUCGAGGUUCGGAUCGAGGCCCUGCUACAAACCAUGUCCGACCGCACUUGCGCCCUGACUCAACUUAAAUCCGCCAUCUCAGACUUGGGCUUCUCGGGAGAAGAUGCGAGUGAAAUGGUCAUCGCCCUCGCAUCUGGCUUCCGCGCCGCUCGCCUAGAGCUGGAAUACCUUACACCCGGAGAGAUCACGUUGCCUCUGACGUCGCGUGGUGCUGAGGUGCUUGACCUGAUGCUCACCCGGCUUCGCGUCAUGGCCAAGAAGGCAAAGGAAGACGAAGAUGCCAUCGAUGAGUACCACCAAAUCGAACUGUCCUUGAGGCAGCAGCUCGACGCGCGAGUCACUGUCAUGGACGGACUCAAGGGGGAGAUGUCCAAAGCUGAGAAGCUCAUGGGCGACAAGAUUGCAAGGAUACGAGAGCUGGAAGUCGCCAACGAGAGACUCAAGGGUGCAGUGGAUGGCUACGUCCGGGAUCUUUCGGAGCUGGAGGGUCUCGUACAGCAGAUGGAGCGUGACAACCGCGAUUCGGAAGCAACCCGCCACGCCCAGCUCGAGUCGAACCGUCGGGUGCUCUGCAGCAAGGAAGAUGCCAUUGCCGAAUUGGAGACCAAGUUGACCGACACGCUGCAGCGAUCCGCCGAUCUUCAGAAGCAAAUGGUCGAGCUCCAGGACGCAAAGUCGAAGGAGAUGACUUCCCUGAAUCAAAAGCACGGCGCCUCCCUGGCGAUGCGAGACUCCAGGGUCGUGGAACUCCGCGGCGAGAUCGACCGCGUCAACGAAUCGCUCCGAGUCGCGCACGAGACGGUGCUGGGACUCCGCGUGGAGAACGGCGGACUCCGGACCAAGAUGGACGACGAGCGGACAAAGGCCAAGGCCGUCAUCGACUCGAUGAAAGGCGAGCUGCAGCGCGUUCUACAGAUGAGCCAGGACUUUCUCAACACCCCCAAGAAGUCCGACUCGACUCCUGGCCCGCGAUCGCCCCCGGCGACGGUGGUGCGGCGGAGCGGCCCUGGCGGGUUCUUGGCCGCGGGGCUGGCAAAGCGACGCAGCCAGAAGCGCCAUGAUAGCGGAAUGGGCUUGUUGGACGAGGACGAGGUUGAAAUGUUCUAAAAGCUUUGUUACGAUACAUGGACUGGCAUGGACGGACGGCGUUUGUUGUAUACCUUCGUUAUGAUACAUUUCCUUUGUUGUGUACGAUACUUAAUACAUCCUGCGGGAUCUUGAAUGAAUGGUUCUUGUA